CCGAUUCAUUUGGAACAGUUCUGAAUUGCAAUUUACUUAGCCAAAUAGAAUUUCAAACACAAAGCAAUAUACAAAAUGACUCAUCCAACUCUAUUCGCUAACACUGUGAUAAUUUACUUGUUGGUUGGUUGUUCAUUGCAAAUCGGCAGCAACUACGCGGCGCCCAACGAACAUAAUUUAUCUUUCCACACCUUGUCUGACAACAUCAUGAACUCUGUGGCGUCAAUGCCUGGGUAUCUAAGUAACGCGGUCAACAGGGUCAGAUCGACGGUCAAGGACACAUCAAAAAUGAUGAAGGACGCCGUGGGGAGUACUGGCGAAAACAUGACGUCGUUCCUCAGGAAAUCGGGAUCGGCGGCCCUGGACUUCGGCACUGAGUCCACCGAGCCGGUGAGGAAAAUGAUCAAGUCGGGCACGCAAACCGCACGAAGACUGAGCAGCUUCUACAGAGAUCUGUUCAACGGGAUCACCAACACCGUGAUGCCAUGAACGAUAAGAUCAGUAAAUCCAGGGACGACCCUGUUACGCAAUAAUUCGCAAUCAUCUCCAUUCAUAGUUUGGCGCCGUAAAAAUAUACUGUACCGAUGUUUGACACCGUUUAUUAGACAUACAAUUAUUAGACACGUUUUGUUUUAUCGUUAAUAUUA